AGGGCCCGCCCCCGCUGCGUGCGCACGUCGGCCCGCCCUCGCGCUCCACUUGCUCGACUGUUCCUGACAGACGCGGAGGCAGCCACAGGCGGACGGACGGACGGACCUGCGGCCGGCCAAGGGGAGCCGAGGCUGGGCCGGAGGAGGAAGGGCAGCAAGAACCACACUCGCAACCAUGUUAAUGGUACCGGAGAUCUCGAAGGGGGUAGAAGAGCCAGAGAAACAGAGCUCCAAGGCCCCGGAAAGGGAACGUCCCAGCAGGAUGGCUGACCUCUCUGAGCUCCUGAAGGAAGGGACCAAAGAAGCACAUGACCGGGCAGAAAACACCCAGUUUGUCAAGGACUUCUUGAAAGGCAACAUCAAGAAAGAGCUGUUUAAGCUGGCCACUACUGCACUUUACUUCACAUACUCAGCCCUCGAGGAGGAAAUGGACCGCAACCAGGACCAUCCAGCCUUCGCUCCCUUGUACUUCCCCCUGGAGCUGCACCGGAAGGAGGCGCUGAUUAAGGACAUGGAGUAUUUCUUUGGUGAGGACUGGGAGAAGCAGGUGCAGUGCUCUGAGGCCACCCGAAAGUAUGUGGAGCGGAUCCACUAUGUGGGGCAGAAUGAGCCGGAGCUGCUGGUGGCCCAUGCCUAUACUCGCUACAUGGGGGACCUCUCGGGGGGCCAGGUGCUUAAGAAGGUAGCCCAGAGGGCUCUGAAACUCCCCAGCACGGGAGAGGGGACCCAGUUUUACCAGUUUGAGAAUGUGGACAACGCGCAACAGUUCAAACAGUUCUACCGGGCCAGAAUGAAUGCCCUGGAUCUGAGCCUGAAAACCAAAGAGAAGAUUGUGGAGGAGGCCAACAGGGCCUUUGAGUACAACAUGCAGGUAUUCAAUGAACUGGACCAGGCUGGCUCCUCGCUGGCCAGAGAGACCGUGGAGGACGGGCUCCCCGUGCACAAUGGGAAAGGAGAUGUGCGUAAAUGCCCCUUUUACACUGACAACCAAGACAGAGGUAGGCCUUGUAUCCCCAGCUCCCCUCCGGGCAGGUGUGUCAGUGUUCCCACUGAUGCCAUGUCCCGUUGGUGCUGCCACACAGGUGCCCUGGAGCGUAGAAGUUGUCCCUUCGGAAUAGCUCUGGUGACCAAGCCCAGCAUCCCGUUCAUUCUGGCUGCUAGUGUGGCUUUGGCUGCUGGUCUCUUGGCCUGGUACUACAUGUGAAACACCCAUCACCUCAUUGGCGCCCUCCUCCUGAGUGACUGCUGACUGGCUCCCACCUCUACCUGUGACAAAACCACCACCCCAGGUGACUUUUUAAAAAUGCUGGGUUUGAGGAAAGCAACCAAUAAAAGCCAGACACUAAAGCCUCUGCCUGUUAGUGUCCUCUGCGGGCCAGAUGCUGAGCUGAGGCCCCCCUUCUUACAGCAGUCCAGGCUGUAGCACUGGGAACAGCCGUGUAGCUCAGUGACUGGCCUGGGCCUCUGGAAUCAGCUCUGCUCCUGGGCACCCACACCUCUCACCCUGAGAUUUUUCUCCUUUUGUUCUUCCUGCUGUCAUCAUUUAGGGGGGUACCUUUCCCUGCUGGGAGCAGAGCAGCCAGCCAGGCCAAGGCUAGGAGCUGUAGCCCUGUGGGAGGCAAGGGACGCCACGAAUGCUCCUGCUCUACUUGGGGGCUCACUGGGCGUGUGGUGAGGAGAUAGAAGCCAGGCUUGCCUGGGCUUAUCUGUCUCUAGCAGAAACCCCCGAGUGGGGUGUGUCCAGCCAAGGCCUGUCUCCUCCUGACCUGUCAUGCUACAGCACUCAAUAAAGUGGACUCUUGACAGCUGCCGCCUCCUUCCUGGCACAGAUGUCAUCCUCGCUGGUCCCUGACAGCUCCUCCUGCUGUGCUCCAAGACUGCCAUUUACCUUAUAAAUAAGCAUAAAAAAACCAUGUACUUGUAUCGAAUAAUAAUCGAUUGUCUAAAAUAGAAAUGUGAACUUAAAUAUUUUUAUUAAUAGGCA